AAGAAGGGGAGAGUUGGUGCUGGCUUCUCCCUGCCGCCGCCGCCGCCGCCAUCCUCCUCCUCCUCCUCCUCCGACGCUGCAUUUUUAAUGGGAAAAUGGCGAUGUGGGCUCCGAGCUGCCUGGUCCGGGCUCUGUGCAGCCCCGUCCUCCUCCUCUGCCUGCUCCUCUCCACGCCGCCCCCCGCCCAGGGCUACAGCUUCCCCCAGAACUACACAAUGCAGUACUGGGCCAGAAGGCUGGAGCAAGAGAUUGAUGGUGUGAUGAGGAUAUUUGGUGGUGUUCAGGCACUCAAACGGAUCUACGAUGAGAAAAGGAACCUGUUUGAAGUAAGAGAGAAUGUCCCAGAUAAAAUAGUGGAAAAAGUGGCAGGGGACAUUGAGAGUCUGUUGGCCAAGAAAGUCCGGGCCUUAAAGAGACUGGCUGAUGCAGCAGAGAGGUUUCAGAAAGCCCAUCGCUGGCAAGACAACAUCAAGGAAGAUAAUAUUGAAUACUAUGACUCCAAGGCUGACACAGAAUAUGAUGAUCCAGAGGGAGAAGAAAUUGAAAGGGACACUUCCAAUUCUUUGAAGCUGGAAUUCACAGAAGACGAAAAUUUUAAAACCAAGGUUAACUACUCGUACGCUGCUGUACAGAUACCUACAGACAUCUACAAAGGCUCCACUGUAAUCCUCAAUGAGCUAAACUGGACUGAAGCCCUUGAAGAUGUAUUUCUUGAAAACCGGAAAGAAGAUCCAUCACUGCUGUGGCAGGUGUUUGGAAGUGCUACAGGUGUAACUCGCUUCUACCCAGCCACUCCUUGGAGGGCACCCAAUAAGAUUGACCUCUAUGAUGUCCGACGAAGACCUUGGUAUAUUCAAGGGGCCUCAUCUCCAAAGGACAUGGUUAUCAUCGUGGACGUGAGUGGGAGUGUUAGUGGCCUGACACUGAAGCUGAUGAAGACAUCAGUCUACGACAUGUUAGACACACUGUCAGAUGACGACUAUGUGAAUGUGGCCUCGUUUAACCAAAAGGCACAGCCUGUAUCCUGCUUCAAGCACUUAGUUCAGGCAAAUAUCCGCAACAAGAAGGUCUUCAAAGAGAAGGUGGAAGUAAUGGAGGCUCGAGGAACCACUGACUACAAGGCUGGCUUUGAGUAUGCCUUUGAACAGCUGCAAAAUUCCAACAUUACCAGAGCCAAUUGUAACAAGAUGAUCAUGAUGUUCACUGAUGGAGGAGAAGAUCGAGUACAGGAUGUGUUUGAGAAGUAUAACUGGCCCAACAAGACUGUACGCGUGUUCACCUUUUCUGUCGGGCAGCAUAACUAUGAUGUCACUCCCCUGCAGUGGAUGGCUUGCGCUAACAAAGGUUAUUACUUUGAAAUUCCCUCCAUUGGAGCGAUCCGAAUCAACACACAGGAAUACCUGGAUGUUCUAGGAAGGCCAAUGGUCUUGGCAGGAAACAAGGCAAAACAGGUUCAGUGGACCAACGCCUAUCAGGAUGCUUUGGGUCUAGGCUUGGUGGUGACGGGCACUCUACCAGUGUUCAAUCUCACUGAGGAUGGCAGUGGUGAAAAGAAGAACCAGCUCAUCCUGGGUGUUGUGGGAAUCGAUGUGGCUCUGAAUGACAUCAAAAAGCUGACACCACGAUACAAUCUAGGGGCUAAUGGCUAUAUGUUCGCUAUUGAUUUGAAUGGAUACGUAUUGCUACACCCAAAUCUACGACCUCUGAUCAUCAAUUUCCAAGAACCAGUCACUCUGGACUUCCUUGAUGCUGAACUAGAAGAUGAUAACAAAGAGGAUAUCCGAAGAAGAAUGAUAGAUGGAGAGAAAGGGACUCGAAACUUCUGGACUCUGAUCAAAUCUCAAGAUGAGAGAUACACAGAUAAAGGCCACAGGAUGGUGAACCUCCAGAGAUACAUAGAUAAAGUCCACCGGAUGUAUACCUGGGCUCCUAUCAAAAGCACAAACUACAGCCUAGGUUUAGUCUUGCCACGCUACAGCACCUAUUACAUCCGAGCUAACCUCAGUGACCAGAUUCUCCAAGUGAAGUUACCAAGCAAAUUGAAGGAUUUUGAAUACCUGCUGCCAAACAGCUUUGAGUCCGAGGGACAUGUGUUCAUUGCUCCAAGAGAAUAUUGCAAAGACCUCAACCUGUCGGAUAACAACACUGAAUUCCUGGAAAACUUUAUCGCCCUCAUGGAAAAGGUGACACCUGACUCCAAGCAAUGUGAUAAUUUUCUCCUUCACAACCUUAUCCUGGACACAGGCAUUACCCAACAGUUGGUUGAAAGAGUAUGGAGGGACCAAGACCUAAACACUUACAGCCUCCUAGCAGUAUUUGUUGCAACUGAUGGUGGCAUCACUCGUGUGUUCCCUAACAAAGCUGCUGAGGACUGGGAAGAAGACCGAGAACCCUUCAAUGCCAGCUUCUACCGGAGAAGCCUAGAUAACAAAGGCUACAUCUUUAAGCCACCUUAUCGGGAUGACAACUACAGAGGAUUGGAGUUGGAAAACAACACGGUUGGGAUUCUUGUUAGCACAGCUGUUGAGCUCAACUUUGGUGAGAAGCACCUGAAACCAGCAGUGGUUGGAGUGAAACUUGACCUGGAGGCCUGGGCAGAAAAAUUUAAAGUCCUUGCAAGUAACCGAACUGAAAGGGAUCAUCUGGGAUCACGAAGAUGUGACCCCUCCACAAGCUGUGAGAUGGACUGUGAGGCUAAUUACAAGGACCUCCUCUGUGUGCUCAUUGAUGAUGGGGGUUUCUUGGUCCUCUCCAAUCAGGAGGAUUAUUGGCUGCAGGUAGGAAAGUUCUUCAGCGAGGUGGAUGCUCACUUGAUGUCUGCUCUCUACAACCACUCAUUCUUCGCAAGGAAAGAAUCAUAUGACUUUCAAUCUGUCUGUGCCACAGAAGCUCCAAGCAACACUGGAGGAGCACCACGUGGGGUUUAUGUGCCAACAAUGGCAGAUUUCCUGAAUCUAGCCUGGUGGACCUCAGCAGCAGCAUGGUCUCUGUUUCAACAGUUCUUGUAUGGGCUAACCUACAACAGCUGGUUUCAAACAGAAGAUGUCACAGCAGAAGGAAUGGAGUCCAAGGAGACCAGUUGCAUCAUGAAACAGACCCAGUACUACUUUAGUACACCUAACAAUACAGAUAUCAACUUCAUUGACUGUGGAAAUUGCUCCAGGCUGUUCUAUGCACAAAGACUGGCCAGCACCAACCUUCUAUUUGUUGUCGCAGAAAAGCCAAUAUGCAGUCAGUGUGAAUCCACCAAGCUUCUUCAAGCAGAGAUAAAGGCUCCACCAGGAGAUCGCAACCAGUGUGAGCUAGUAGAAAGACCACGGUAUCGAAAAGGUCCCCACAUCUGUUUUGACUACAAUGCAACAGAAGACACCUCAGAUUGUGGCAGAGGAGCCUCCUUCAGGCCAUCCUUGAGUGUCUUGUUAUCUCUGCAGUUCCUUCUCCUCUAUUUGACUGCCAGUUGCCAUUCACUGCCCUUGGCGUCUUGCCUUUGAAACAUCCAUUUAGUCUAGCUCAUCCAUUUUUGUUUUAUGCACCAUCUCCAUCCCCUCCAGACUUGCCAGAGGAGGGCAGCUGCCUAGUCUCAUCAACUCUGGUCUCACCUUGGCACUCCCUCAUGAGGACCGUCUUGUUCUUCACUCAGAAGUCCAGAAGCUAUGCUCAUUGUUUCUCGUUUUCCUCCAUCCUCUCCUUGCCCUUCCAGGGUCUCUGCACAGCAGGUUGUGCAAACACAGAGCUCUGAGCAAGACUUGGGGAAGCACGAGCCAUCGUGACCCUCUCCAGAUAGUGAACAUCCUUGGGCUUUUAUUCAUUACUCCUCUUUUCACCCAUUGAGCUGUUGGCCAAAUACAAAGAACAGUGGCCUCAUACCGUUUUUCCCCAUUGAAUCUGUGGAAUUCUGGGAGACCUUUGUCAGUUUCCUCAGGAGAUUUCUCAUUAUUUUAUUGUUUUUUUAAGGUAUUUAUUCAGCAAUGCUGACAAAUUACUGUUCUGUUUGAAACAAUUUACCUUCCCAUCCCAAUCAUGCAAAACAGUGGAAGCAGCAGCAACAAUGAAAAAUUAUAACAGGAAAGAAAAAUAUACUCUUGCCAAAUUGAUUCUUUAGUUAACUUUUCAGCCAAUUCCAGUGGCUUGUCAAACUCAAAGUAAUCCUAGGAUGUCACUGCAGCAUCUCCAUUCCACCCAAUACACUCUGUGCUUUCUGAUGCCAUCGUUGCUGAGUCUCUCAUUAGUUAGAUCCCAUCUCAGAUCAAUUUUAAAAUUAUUAUUUUUAGCCUGAAAAUUUUAAUCUAGAUCUUUCUACAACAUCUAAUUUCCAAGCAUUUUAAACAGAUAAAUUAUGGUAUUUAUUGUCAUCAACAAAGACACAAAGAAAAAAAAAGGUUUUGACUUGAAUUUUAUGGUCAGUAUUAUUUAUUUAAAUCAGUUAAGUGCAAACUAAGAGGAGCUGGAAGGCAAGCAGGGGAAGAAGAAAAAAUGUAAAACUCUGUGGGCACUCUUUUCUAUUAACCCACACAUGGUUGAGAAGCACAGUGGCUCUCACUGUUUUGGCAAAAUGAAUGGCAAGAUAAUCUCAUUCUAGUGAACAAACAGUAUGACCCAAACUCAAUAAUCCCUGACUCCAGUCAUUACUUUGCCUGUCCCAUUCCUUACUGGGCCCAGACAUGUUUGAGACAGUCAAGAAAACAAGACCAUGUAUUAUCUUCCCCAAAUCACUGGAAAGACUUCACUAUGAAAUUUUGGUGGCCUCGUUCCUUUUGAGGUUGGCCAGUGGUGGAGUUGGCUAAAACAAAGAGGGCCUUCUUCCUACUUCACGGUGUCCCAUUUCUAGUAAAAGAUAUUGUCCACCACACUGGCAGCAGUAGUCUGUGCCAAGCCAAACCAAGAAGGUCAUAGCCAAAGGUUUUCUUCCCCAGUGUUGUACAGAUACUGAACUGUACGAUUAUAGUGCCCUCCAUCUAUCCAGUCCUGGGAUUACCUGGAAGUGGUGAAUUGAGCACAACUGAGCCUCUAAAAGCAGGUAUUCUGCAGACAGUUAAUUAUCUUCAGUGAUCAUGUAUUUUACCUGGGAAAUAUGAAAGUGUGAUCAUAAUUGACAGCUGCCAUUCAGCUGAUACAACACAGGACACUUCAGAUGGCUCUCUAGGCACAUAUUCCAUGGUUGAGAUUGUUACUGAUGGCAACAGCCGCACAAUGUGUUGCAGAUAUUAAAAUAAGAGUACAUACAUCACUCUGUCCUCAAAUGCUGCCUAUUGUUUAGGACUUUCCUAGAGGAAGUUGCCAGCCUUUGUGCCUACUUCUCGUGCACAUACAGUAAUAAGCAUACUUUCAUCAUUUAAUAUGAACUAUAACGCUUAGUCACAAGACAGUUCUAGAAUCUCCUUCUCUUCAGCCAAAUGCCCCCCUCUCCACUCAGGAGUCGCCAGCAAAGUGAGAAGGAUCCUCUCUAGUUUCUCUUUCACAUGAUGUGAGAGCAGCUGUCUGAAAUUCACUUCGGGGCAAUGUGAAGAACUGCAGCAUUGUACAUGUAGUACAAUUUGACACAAAUUCAUCAGUGGGAAGCAGUUAAAUACUGCAUUGGUAACCGCAAUGGUCUUUCCUUGUGGCACAAUGUGAUGUGGUGCAGCUUACAGUAGCAUGACAAAAUGUGCACAACAGUACUCCUCAUUUUGAUCUCAUAUGCUCGUUUUCUCAACCAAAAGCCUUUUCCAUGAACUGAUCCCUGACAUACAACUUAUUGUGGGUUAUGAAUUUCAUUUGCAUUUAUUACCAAGAAAUACAGAAAGCAAACAAUGACAUCACAGUUACGUAAAUCUGUAUGUUUCCAAGCAAAAAAAGCAACCAAUCUUACAAACCAAUUCACAAUGUGUCUCUAUGGGUACUUUGUGAUCCUGGCUGGGUAUAGUUUGGGGAAAAUGUCCAGCAAAGAACGAGGUGUACCCGACUCCUGCAGUGGCUUCAUGGCUUAUGUGUGACACAGACUCUGCCACUUGUAUUGGCUCCAUAGCUGUGUUUCAUUGCAAGGCAUAUACAAAUAUGGUCCAUCUGGCAAAGCUCCAGUGUCUUCAAAAUCAUCCUACAGCAUACAGUGUAGGUUAUCUUCAGAGAAAAUGAGUCAGUGAUCUUACCUGAAGGAGAAUUUCUGUGAUCCUGGUCUAGUAUAGCUUGAAUGGUGAAAUCGGGUCACUACUAUAAUAAAUAUACUAGUUUGAUGCAAUUACAUAGUAUAUGUCUUGUGCAAAAAACAAAAAUCUUUGAAAGAUCUGAAGACUUUUGGAGAACAUAUUGUGGUGAUUUUCUCUUUCCAAGAAUCCUUGUUCUUGGGACCUGGGAGUUGUUUCUUAAAUCUCACAAAAGCCAGCUUCAUCUUGAUUCCUCUGCCCACAUAGCCUCAGCCCUACCUGCCAACUGAUUGUUGUAUGUUUCAGAUCAUUGACUGAAAAGGUUUUGCCUCACAAAUCUUUCACUAGCUUACUUACAAUGACAUGCCACUGGUGCUAAGAGUAUUGUUUUGCUUCUUUGGU